AGGGAUCUGAGGCGCAUGUUGCUCACAUGGAAAGUGAUGGUGUGUAGAACGAGUUGCCAGAGCAAGCAGCAGGUGCAGUUACAAUUAAAGGCAACACCAGUGAAUCUGCAGAUGCUGGAAAUAAAUAAAAACACCAAAUGCUGGCAGAACUCAGCAGGCCAGGCAGCAUCUAUGGGAGGAGAUAGUGACGACGUUUCCUGAUGAAACAAAACACACGAGAAUGAAAAAAACCCACACACAAUAAAGUCAAAAAUAGCCAAUUGCUAAAAGCAAUAAAAACUCAAAAUGAAGUGAUGGAAGUAGAGAGCUGGGAAGUGAUAGGCUGGAGGGAAAUGGGCUGGGGGGAAGGUGGAGAAUUAUGGGAAAUAAAAGAGAAAGAAAGGUAGGGCUGGGGGGAGAUUAUAGUGAGGGGGGAAUUAAAAUGCUUAAAAGACAUUUGGACAGGUACACGGGGGAGAAAAAGGUUUAGUGCACAGGAAGUGGGCACUGAACAGGAGAGACGUCUUGAUAGGCAUAGCGCGAGUUCGAGCAAACAGCUUGUUUUUUUGCAAUGCAACUAUUAAAAGGUUAAUUAAGUAGAAAAAAAAAGAUUAAGGAUAACGAGAAAUAACUCAGGAAAAGAGAGAAAAAUAACCCGUAAUUAGGCAGAGAAGGAAAGUUCCAUCAACGCGCACAGCACCGACCCCGAGCGGUAGCAUGUCCCGGCCAGCCGAGUGCUCUGGGGCUCGGUCGGUCUUGUCCAAGCCGGAAUUGCCAGCGCCCAGCAACCUCGCCGUCCAAUUGAUUUGUGAACUGUUACAAUAUCCUGCGGAGGGAUUCGCGGAGCGGCCCGUUGCUGCGCGACGGGAAGAGUUGUGUCUGUCGCCGAGCAACCAAAAGUUGGAAUCAAACUUGCGGUGGGAGCACCUGAGCCCGGGAGAGGACAAACAAUGGAGUAGCGGUAUUGGUGGCCCGGUCCCCCAGCGAAGGGCAAGGAGAGCCCGCAUGGCCACUGGUACCUGUAUUCGACGCGAUGGUUCGGAAGAAUUACAUUUCCCUGACUCGAUUUCCACCGAACUAGCCCCCUCGCUAUUAGGUAGAGGAACAACAAUGGACGGUGAAAGUGGGGCAUCAACUUCUGGCGAUGACACGACAGGAGGGGCCUCAGACUACGGGCAAACCCUUGCAACCCCGGCGCCAGCUACUGAGCCCAAUAACGCAGAGCAGAGUUCCGGCGUGUCCGAGGUCGCUAAUGAUUUCCAAGCCGAGGAUACCGCCGAACCCGUUCCUCACCUUGUCACGUUCACAGUGACUGUAACCCUGGCGGUACCGACUGAGAAUAACAAAAUGAAAGAUCAGAAGUAUAAGGCACUGAAGAUGUUGGAAGCAUUAAAAGCUAUCAGCUACUUCCACAUGGAAGCAUCUCUUCUUCCAAAUGCUGAACCAAUAAAAUUUGACCUGGUGACUUUUGAAAAAGCUGCUAAGCUCUACAUGGCAAGUGAUUCCCAGGUUCUAAAGCCAUGGAUUGAAGAUGAACGGAGGUGGUUGCUCUUCCGCCAUAAUGUGGAGCUGCCUGUUACUAAGGAAUUAAUAUUAACACUUGUCCCUCAUAGAAUGACACUUAGGAUAUGGGAAGGUAAAGACAAAGUGAGCCCAAAGGCCAAGUUUGAUCACCCUAAGAACUUGCAUCAUCCAUCGGACACGGAAGAAGCAAGUUCUGGUAGUAUAAAAUAUUUGGUUAAGGAUCAAUUAGAAUUGUUGGAAAACAGCCCCCUCUUGACAACCUAUAAAGCAACAGAUGAUUUGCCACCGGAAACCAUGAACUUUCCUGCACAAGGAACAGUUUCCACGUUGAGCAUUCAUGAUACUGAAGUAACGACUCUGAAUGAACAGCUACAGAGGAAAUUAUGUGCAGAUAUGAAGCCAAAGAAAUUAAUGCAGAAUGUAAAAAGGCUAUCAUCAGUUUGGAUGCUCACAAAGGGAAGUUCUCACCAAAAAGGCAUAGAAGCAACAACAAAGAAGCAAGGUAUGAUCAGAAUUAUCCCUCCAAAAAUACAUCAUAAGAAAAAGAAAGUCAGAGAGAAACCAGUGCCAGCUUUGAUAAACCUGGACAUUAAACUUCUCCUUGCGGGAGAAAAAUCUGUCACAAAUAAAUUGGAAAAAAUAAUCCCCGGACUACUGGAUGCUCUUUUCACUGUAUCAGUGGAUAAAUCACUAAUGUCAAAGGAAGUGGAGAAAGAAUUGAAUCCAAUGGUUAUUCGCAUUAUCUCAGCCAGCUCAAUGCCAUCGACCCCUGUGCCAAUACAUAUACUGCAGGAAAGAUGCGGCCCUGUUUACUGUCAGUAUCAGCUGUUUGAUUUGCCUUGUCAUCAGACUAAGGGAAGAGAACAUGGGGCAGACGUGUCCUUCAAGGAUGUAAAUUUGAUUCUGACUGGGACCAUCGAUCCAGAUAAACUCAGAGAGUAUUUCCAUGGGCCCCCACUCGUGAUCGAGGUCCACGACCGUGACAGGAAGCCAAAAGCCCAGGCCCAACCGCCGGCAUUGUUUGGUACUGAACCUGAAGAUAGCAAACUGAGCAACAUUGGCCUUGUUAGUAAUAAGCGAACUGUUCAUGACCCCUUCGUGGAUGCCGAUAAAGCUUGGGAUCCUUACGGCAUUGCUAAGCUGAAUUUUUCAGAACUGGUAUAUGGUGAAACAUGCUUAAACCUUGCUCUGUCAAUACAGAACAGCAGUUUGCCAGAUCCAAUAGGGUAUCAAAGGGACGGAUUGGGCAGACGUAUUCUAGGUGUUGCAGGAGCUGUUGAUGGACCCGAGGGCCGGCCAUUACCAAAAGGACAUUAUUUGGAAUCAAACUCCAUGCUUCAUGUGAGAGUGCAACUCGCUUACCCUUUAUCACGAAGGGGUGAGUCCUCAUUGAACGAAGAGUGCCAAUUUGGUCGGAUAAUAUACAUUUUUGAUUAUAAUAAUAGAACCUUUCUUCACAGUCUACUUGAGCAAGUUAGUUCAAUUAAUUCGCUAGCUCUUCACUUGGAUUCACAGUCGAGUGGAAAAGGAAGCGAAGAUGGAUCGGUGGAUGCGGAACUUCAACCAGAUUCUGAACCGAAACCCAGUUCCAACCUGGAUAGUGUUUCAAUUUAUAAUGUGCAUGCUGGUUCAGUUUCCAAUUUGAAUGUGGUGACAGGUUUCCAUGUAAUGGAUGGAAUAAUUCACCUCUUUGUUUUGGAGGGACUGAAGAACAAAGGUCUCAGAGCAUUGUGGGAAAAGCUGCCUAUCAGAUCUGUGGCUGGUGAAGAAGGGGUAAAGGUUCUGUACAAUUCUGACUUAAGUUUUCAUCAGCGGCUAUAUGCAAACUUAGAUGAUUACAUUUAUCACCUCUACCUCCACGAGCCCUUGAGUAACAUUAUAAAGCAACCUUUGUUAUACGUGAGGGAUAUGGCACCUCAGGACUGCUUUCAGGCAUUACACAGACUUCAAUGCAUUUGCUCUGCUAAAAAGUUGAGGGAAGUUGUACAGGGCGACCUCUUCCCAACGGCAGCAAUGAUAAUGGUGCUGAGCCGGGAAUUUGGAAUUCCAGCCUCGGAAACAGAUCCACAUAACGUCAAGGAUUCAGCAACCAUCCCGACUUUACACAUCUCAAAAGCCGCACCACUGAAAAGAUCUCUUUAUAGUCAACUGGACAUUUACAAUGACAAAUACAUACAGAGCAAACUACAUCAGACAACCCACACAAAUCACAUUCAGAGUAAUAUUGAUGCGAUUCAUGAAGCCAGCAAAAAGCUGAAAGAAAUCAAACCAAGGCCAUUAAAAGUUGUGCCUUCUGAAGGGACAAAGGUGCAUAACUAUUCCAUUCAGACCUUCAACUCUACUGAGCAGGCGAAGGAAUUGUUGCGGGAGGAAUUAGCUAAGAGGCCAAAGCAGAGAUUCACAUACAGUCAGACAUUCUUAUGGGGAACAUUGGCUCCUGUGGACAUUGUCAAUGAGGAGAAGAGAAUAAAGAAAAGAUCGAAGGAAACUUGGUUAACCUUUGAUGGAUUCCGGUUUUCGGGGUUCAGAAGUAGCCAGGAGGCAAAUGAACAUCCAAAAAAACCUGAUGAAGCACGGAUAGACGAACUUAAAAAGCCUUGGAAGGAAAAUGUUCUUAAUGAGAACCUAAAUGCAAUGCUCAAGUAUCGAGAGAGAUGGAAAUGGAGUGAAAGGCAUAAGGAUUUUGAACUGUACAAGAAAGUACAAGCUGCUCCAGCGCCAGUCAGCAUUCACUUGGCGGGUGAUACUUUAAGAGCUGAACAGCUUGAAAGCAUUCACAAAGAUUAUGAGAACUGGCAUAAAAAGCUUAAACCUUACAGAGACACUACAAAUCCCAUGUUACCAUCAACCAGACUAGAAGCUAAGUUGGAGUUAGACAAUUGUGUGACGGUCUGCCUCAAGCCGGCAAUUUUUCAAAAGGUUAAUUGUCUUAAACUGGAUUCUGAACAACUUUGUGCUUAAAAACCAGAAAAAAUAUUUACACAAUAAAUGAACGCAUCUUAAUGAAUUAACUAUUUCGUUUUAAACUUUAACCAUCUUAAAGAAAAAGUGAGCCUUGGUCUUAAAAUGAUUGCCAUGAUUAGAAGAGUUCAGGUUGCAAAUUCUGACAUUGUCUGCAGGAAGUGGUGGAAACGAAUCAUGCUUGUUAUAAGGUGGAAGGAAAUGGGAGAUGGAAAAAAUGGUUCUCAACAAGAUUAUGUAGCUGCACUGAGUACUUCAUUUUUAUCACUAUAUUCUGCAUUUUGUUAUUAUUCUUCCUUCUGUAUUACCUCAUGUGUUUAUGUAUGAAAUUGUCUAGAUGGUAGGCACGUAGUGCUUUUUCCACUGUUUCUCAUCACUUGACAAUAAUAAACUAAUUACCUAUAUGUUUCUGAAAUAACUAAGCAAAUCAGUCCUCAUCUAUCACUGAUAUUUUUUCCUUCAUCUCAUCACAUCACCGAAAUAUACUUGCAUUUCUGAAAAGAACUGCAGAACAAAGUAGAACCAAACAAAUAAAUAAUAGCAAGACAAGGAGCAAGAAUGAAAAAAAAACUAUUGGAACUGGAGCAACGGCCCAGAACUUGCAACCUAAAGAGAGGAGAUUUUAUCUAUUACGAGGGGUGACUGAUAUGCUUGUGGCCUAACGUAGGAAAACAAAGCACAUUUAUUUUUCAACAUAGUCCCCUCCUACAUUUACACACCUAGUCCAGUGGUUGUGGAGCAUAUGGAUCUUGGACCUCCAGAAAGUGUCCACAGCAGGGGUGAUUGAUAAGUUCAUGGCCUAAGGUGUGCACAUGCACUUCAACUCUUUUAGUGAUUAUGCAGAAAGUUUGAAGUUAAUAACUCAUCUCCUUCUAUCUUAGGCCACAUACUUAUCAAUCACCCUUGAUGAGUUUUUUAAGGCUAUUAGUGACAGUCUGCAGGGGAGGAAGACUGUGAACUAAUACGUGAUUGGCUGUGAGUGGCUGAGUAUGCAAAGUGCUCAUUGGCUGAUUGAACGUUGACUGUAAUGGUGACUGCUCUUGAGAAGUUUUGUGUUGUUUAGAAUUAACUUCUGUCAUUUUUUAAAAAUUUCAAUGAAGAAUUGAAUAACUGCAUUGUAACGAAUCAGUGUCUUGUGGGGUAGUGUUAUGCAGGGUCUGAGGAUAAUCUCUAGAACUAAAAUUAAAACAAAGCUCCUUCAAAAAUGUAAGUAUACUCAUUUCUCCCACAGCCUGUUCCAUUGCUGUGUCAAAAUUAAAUUAGUGCAAGUUCAAGGAGCAGAUUUAGAAGCUCAUUCUUGAUGACUAAGUUCCACACUGGAGUCCAAUUUCAGAGCAUGAAUGGCAAGUUCAUAAAUGUUAUCAUUUGCAGUGUACUUCCUGCCAGUUAUGGGAAUGAGAGGAGAAAAUGUUGGCAAUCCAUGUAUAAUUAUCCACAAAAGCCAGCAGUGUACUUUUUAAUGUAUGGUUAUAAAUUCUAGAGGUAUGCAUUUUCCCCACAGCAGAUGCUUAUAUGAUGAAGAUAUCAAAAAGUACAACUUACACCUUAACAUUUUUAGACUUUAAAGUACAUUUAAAUAUUUUCUUGACUUGACCAUAUUCUAUUAGAAAAGAAAUUUUU